CAUUAAUUUUCGUUCACUGUGUGGUCGUAUGCCUGGAUACUGAUUUCAGUAUCGGUUGUCAAGGAACACUAGUAAACUCUGCCCUCAGUGUUCAGAAGUGUCAUGAUUCUCUCAAUAAUGGCAGGCAAUGUUUCGACCCACCGGGCAGGGAUAAUUUUUCUGCAGGUAAUGACUUUAUCCUUACUUCCACUGAUCUGUUUGAUGGACACGAGAGGAUCAGCUAGCACGGUUGUUCCAUGUAACAUCUACAACUCCUCGCAGCAUGGUGGACUUUCCGCAGACUGCACCCACCGAAACCUUACAAGAGUUCCCUCAAGUUUACCAUCUGACAUUGUUUUCCUAGAUAUCAGUGAUAAUGAAUUUGAAGUAUUGGAAAAUUUUGGUUUUAAAAGAUUUUCAAAACUGAAGCAUUUAAUAGCGGCACGUAAUCAAUUAAAACUGCUAGAAGUUAAAACAUUUCAUGGCUGUGUGUCUUUACAAACGCUAGAUAUGAAAUUUAAUCAACUCGACUGUAAUAACCUGACUUUCCAGACUGGAGUGUUUAAACGACUGACAAAUCUUAUAACAUUGCAUAUUGAAGGUAAUCUAAACACUGUCCUGGGAUCUUAUCCUGAUGAACUGUUCAAACCGCUGCGAAAUUUAGAGAACCUGUACAUUGAUACAUUCCACAACACUGUUUUUGACAGUUUAGUUUUCUGCAGCAUCUUCGAGUUCUUCAAUUAG